AUGACACGAGACCGAUUAGCUGAAUUCAAAGCUCGGUACCACAGAGUUAAUGGAGAUAUAGGGAGUGCUGAACCAGCAGAAAACGUAGAAAUCUUGAAUACUUAUCUCGAAAAUGUCAACUCAGCGUCUAAACUAGUUGAUGAAAUAGCCGAGAAUGUGGAACAAAUUAAAGCCUGCCAACUGAGGAUAUUGUCUAACCCCACCACUGACACUGAAACUUCCAAGCGUUUGGAUGAACAUAUGCGGAACGUGAAGAAUCUUUCACUUCGGAUUGGCAAAGAAUUAAAAUCCUUAGAAGAAAGUCACAAAUCAGACCGUCUCAUCACUAAUAGUGGCUUGGACCGCAUUACUGCCUAUCAGCAUUCCGCUCUCCUGAAAAGAUUCCAAUCCAUAAUGGAACAAUACAAUCACAGUCAAUUGGAAUAUCGGGAAAAGUGUAAAUCUCGAAUUAAGCUUCAACUAAAGGUUGCCGGUGUUGAUUUCGAUGAUAAUAAGGUUGAAGAUAUGUUGGAAUCUACAAACCCCUGUGUCUUCACUGAUGCUGUGAUGGAACAAACUACAGCGGCUAAGAAAUCUCUAAUGGAGAUUGAAGCUCGGCAUGCGGAUAUCCUUAAAUUGGAAAAGAGUAUUGAAGAGAUGAAGGAAAUGUUUGCUCAAAUUGCUAUUCUUGUCGAACAACAAGGUGAUCUAAUCGAUAAUAUUGAGCAUAAUGUCUCCUUGACUGUUGAUCGGGUUGACAACGCUAAAGCUUCGGUGGCGAAAGCGGUCGUAAGCCAAAAGAAAACGAGGAAGUUCGUUGUACUCGUGUUAGGUGAUGAAGGCACAGUGCUCAGUGUCUGCCUUUAA